AUGGAGGGCAGUGACAUUUCGAAGUCAGAAUUCACCGCGAUUGUCACGAUCCAAAAGAAGGCUGCGCUCAACAGUGACUUCUGGUCCCUGCAAACCACGCUUUUGCGCGAGUGCCAGAUUACCAAAGGAACCGAAGCGGCCUACAGGUCCCUUGGCAUCACACCGUCAGUCCGUGUUCAGAGAGACCCAAAGAACGUUCGCCUUGACCAAUACGCAAAGUCCAUGCUCAGCAUGGAGCGGGCCAUCCAGCAAAGCUUGGACUUGGAGUCGAACGUGACCAAGGAGAAGGUCAAGGGCACUUUGCUCAAGUGCUGUGUGCGAGACGCUGUGAAGGAGGCGGUCUUCAAGCAGACGCAUGUGUUGCAGGCAGGUGUGGCCUCAGUGUUCGAGGGACAGAUCAAGGAGGUGCAGGACAUUUUGGCCACGAUGUCCACGCACACACAGGAUCUUGACUUGGCAGCGACCUCGUGGAAGCUCGGCAUCAAGGAUGCCAAUAAUGCUGAGGAGGUCCUGGAGAAGGCAGGGGUCUCCAUCGCCACGCUCAAGGGAGGCUUGGUGCAGACUGACUUCAAGAACCUUCGCGAGGCCAUGACCAGACUUGAGCAGUCGAUGUCCAAGUACGGUGGCUUGUAUGAGAAGAACAUCAUUGAAGGGGAUGGCUACACGUCCGCUGAGUCCACCAUGGCAGAUGCAAAUGCCCGUGUUGUUUCUGUGAAGGUCCUGAUGCUGGAGUCCUGUUUGCAUUUGGGGCUUGCCACAUCCAACAAGGCAAUCCUGACGUCCCAGAUUGCGAAGAUCAGUGGGGGCGAGAUUGAUGAGCAGGCAGUGUGCGGAGCAUUGCUAAGCAAAGCUCGGGAGCUAGAGCUAGCAGCACGGCAGCUCCGCGCGAGCCUGAAGCCACGUAGCGUUUUGGAGACUGGGCAGGGUAAGCUGCUGGCAUUCAAAUCCGUUCAGAGUGAUCGUCUCUCAGACUUGUUGAUGUGCGACUUCGGCACUUCGGGGAAGAGGAUCUUGGAAGGAGUGUCCUUCACGCGCUACGUGGUGCCGCAGGAGCAGCAGCGGCUGGAGGACUUCCUGUCGGAGUCCUCGAAAGGCAGCACGCCUGCGAGGUCGCUGCAUCUACAGCUCAAGGAUUCGAGCGGCAUCCCCUUCAACGCAGAGCUCUUCCAUGUUUCAGUGCCAAGCCUGACAUCCGAGCAGCCGGAGCAUCUCAUCGGCCUGAACCAGGAGGUUCGGGAGCGCACUUACCAAACUGGAGCGCCUUCUGAAAACCCGGCCCAGUUGGCAGCAGGCUUAAACGGGGGAUUGUCGCGACCAAGCUUGCCGAUGUCGGACAUGCGACAGAUGCUGGACAGCAAGAUCAACUUCGGCAAUAUUGGCCAGAGGCGAGCGGAGGGCGAAGCCAGCGCCACCAGGAGCAGCACAAAAAGCAGCCGCACACAGGAUGUUGUCGAGCUCCGCAUGCUUGAGAAGGUGGACUGCCUUCUCACGGUCAACACUGACGAGGACGAUUUUGCGAUCAAAACGGUCCAGCUCUCUUUCAGGGAUGCAGAUGAAUCUACGAGAGCCGAAGUGCCGUACUUCCUCGAGUGGGUCAAGCCUACGUAUCGCGACAGCGUCCAGAACUGGAUUCAGGCGCACGUGAACGCGCAUUUCUCUGGAUUGCCAACGACGGAGCACCCGUUACGUGGUACCAAGCUCUUCUCGCCCUUUACGAGUGCUGAUACGAUGCUCUCAGGGCUCAUGGAGGUCUGCGAGGUUGAGGAGGUGGAUGACGAGAGUGUCGAGCACCUUUCGGAUGCCGGUUCCGGUUCUGGUUCUGGUUCAAACUACGAGCCAACGAUGCAGGUGCGUCUUCAGAUGAAGAACCUCUUCGUCCACUGA